CAACCUUUUUAUCUCUUUUUUCUAUAUAUCUUUCUUUGGGGACCAUGGCUCUUGUUCUUAUCCGUCAAGCUGUACCUGAUGCGGACGAAGCCAUUAUUGAUUACAUUGAUGGCUAUUUGAAGGAUGGAGGAUUUGAAGACGAUGAAGAUGCCAUUGCUGAUUUUGUCAAACCAAUCUUGAUCGAUGCUGGAGGCAAGGAAGACCGUAUUGAUACAUUGUGCAAGGAAUUGACAGCCAUGUAUUUCGACAAACAACAUUCGAAUGCUCAAAAUAUAUCUAGUCAGAAACUUUCCAAGCUUGAUCAGGCUAUUACCAUGGGUCAUCAGUCUGGCAUCUCUGCCACGUCGUCACUCAACAAGUCUCAUGUGGAUCUGGAUCAUGUGUCUGGUCGUCGAGUACAAUCUCAAGUGAAUCAAGAAAAGUUGCGCAAAGCUGAAGCCAAGAUUGCUUCCAAGAUGGCCAAGCGUGCAGAAAGAACGAAUCAACGUGUGGAAUAUGAAGCUUCUCGUCUAUUGGAAUCCGAACGACAAUUACAAGAAGAAUACAAACUCUAUAAUCCUAUUUUGGAUUACACCACUACCAAGGGCAAGAACAAGGAUAUUAAGAUUGACAACUUUGACAUUUCUUUUGCUGGUCGUCGUAUCUUGACGGAUGCCAAUUUGACCAUCGCUUUUGGUCGUCGUUAUGGUGUCGUUGGUAAAAACGGUAUUGGGAAAUCUACUUUAUUACGUGCCAUGGCUCGUCGUGAAAUCAAUGUACCUACUCAUAUUUCUUUACUUUAUGUGGAACAAGAAGUGGUUGCUGAUGACACUCGGGCUAUUGAUAUGGUACUUCGUGCUGAUGUCUGGCGUGAACAUUUAUUGGAAAAAGAAAGGGAAUUGACGGCAAGAAUCAGUAAUAUUGAAGCAGAACAAAAUGAAGAAGGUUUGGAUGAACAAGUCAAGAAAUCAUUGGAAGAACAACAUGAUACAUGUCAUAGUGAAUUGAAGGAAAUCUUUUCCAAAUUACAAGAUAUUGAAAGUGAUAAGGCUGAAUCCAAAGCAUCUGCUAUUCUUGCUGGUCUCGGAUUUGCCGCAGCAGAUCAAAAACGGGCAACCAAAGAAUUCUCUGGUGGUUGGCGUAUGCGUAUCUCAUUGGCUCGUGCUUUAUUCUGUAAACCUGAUGUACUUAUGUUAGAUGAACCUGAUAACAUGUUGGAUAUCCCUGCUAUUGUAUGGUUGGAAAAAUACCUUCAAACUUGGCCAAAUACCUUAUUGGUAGUUUCUCACGACAGAGAAUUCUUGGAUGAAGUGGCAACUGACAUUUUACAUAUGCAUUCUGAAAAAUUGGAUUAUUACAAAGGCAAUUUCUCCAAUUUCAAUGGUACCAAGGAAGAACGUCGCAAGGCUCAAUUGAGGGAAUAUGAAUCACAAAUGCAAUACCGUCAACAUUUACAAGACUUUAUUGAUCGCUGGCGAUACAAUGCAAAACGUGCCCCUCAAGCUCAAUCUAAAAUCAAAAUUCUGGAAAAGUUACCUGUCCUGGAACCUCCUGAAGAUGAAAAAUUAGUCAAUUUCCAAUUCUCCAAUCCUGAACAACUUUCACCUCCUAUUUUACAAAUGAAUGAUGUCACUUUUGGUUAUACUAAAGAUCGUAUUAUCAUUAAACAUAUCAAUUUGGACUUGCGGAUGGAUUCUCGAGUGGCUAUUGUUGGUCCUAAUGGAGCUGGUAAAUCCACUAUGUUAAAGUUAUUGACUGAAGAAAAUAAACCCAUGAGUGGUUUGGUACAUCGUAAUGGUCGUCUCCGUAUCGCUUACUUUACUCAACAUCACAUUGAUCAAUUGGACUUGUCAAAAUCUGCAGUGGCAUUCAUGGCUGAAAAAUUCCCUGGGAAGACUGAAGAAGAAUAUCGUCGUUAUUUGGGUUCUUUUGGUAUCACUGGUAUGGUGGGUUUACAAGUGAUGAAGACAUUAUCUGGUGGUCAAAAAUCUCGUGUAGCAUUUGCUUGUUUAAGUGCUCAAGGUCCACAUGUUCUUGUACUUGACGAACCUACCAAUCACUUGGAUAUGGAAUCUAUGGAUGCUUUACAAGAUGCUUUGAGUCAAUUUAAGGGUGGUGUGAUCAUUGUUUCUCACGACGAACGAUUCAUCAAUACUGUAUGCAAUGAAAUCUGGAUUUGUGAUAAGGGGGUUCUUACCAAGUUUAGUGGUACAAUCAAGGAAUACAAGGAAAUGAUCUGUCCAACCGAAGCCGUCGUUGCUCUUUAGAUCAUCAAUGGAUGUAUAGACUAGAUAUAUAUAUAUAUAUUGCUUGUUGUUCAACCAAAUAAAAGAAAUUUUUAUA